AUGGUCAAAGUCUUGAUGCUGGCCGCUCUCGCGGCCUCUGUCUCAGCUCUGCCAAAUGGUGUGCAGGAGCGACGAUUCCACGGCAGCCCGACACCCAAUGAAAAUGAUUGCUACUGGGACCGUAAGCAUUGCUAUGGGUACCAUCCUAACGGGCACGGAUGUGACGAGCCAUACCAGAAGUGUAUGGCCAAAGUGACAGCAUAUUCCUCUUCAGUGGCAGCAGUUGCCUCUUCAGCAGAAAUGUCACGGCUUAGUGCUUCCUCUUCAGCAGAAGCAUCGCGGCUUAGUGCUUCCUCUUCAGCAGAAGCGUCACGGCUUAGUGCUUCCUUUUCAGAAGAAGUUGCACGGGUUACUGCUGCACCUGCGUGGAUUCCUCAGACUCCUGGUCCACAAGGCACUAGCGUUGUUGGUGGUGAAAUCGUCCCGCCGCAAUCGGACUUCAAGGGCUGUAUGGCUCGAAUUGGUGGCAGGGUUGUACCGUGCAGUGAAGUCGACUACUCGCAGGGAAAGCCUGGAUAUCAAAUUGAUUCAGACCACUGGCUCACCGCUCGCGCCUACCCGACUGUGUCGGUGUCUAUCCCGACCAUCGACGUCCCGCCCGGCGGCAAUCCACCCUUCGACAUGCCGUCCGGCACCUCACCGACUGGGGGUGUGUCCAUCCCGACCAUUGACCCCCCACCUGAUGGCAAUCCACCCUUCGACACGCCACCCUUGGACAUGCCGUCCUUCAGCAUUCAGCCUGUCGAUGAUAUGACUGAGCCGUCUACAUUCGCUGUCCAGACGAUGCCACCAACACCUCCUUCAGAAAACGCUGCCCUGGACCGCCGAGCUCCAGGUGGCCGGCCGGAAUGGGCAAGUUCACACAUCUCCGAAUCUUCGCCAUUCGGCGCUCCGGAAACGCGCCUCCCAGAUGGCGGCUCUGUUUCUGCCACCACACACGUCGUCGCGAGCCCAACUCAAGCGCUGUCGCUAGUGGUGCGUGGUACUGAAGACGAAGACCUCACGCACGGACCCGAGAUUGGAGAAGACGACGAUCCGUCAUGCCCCCAUGACAGAAAGCUGUCUUAUCUUUGGUGCAAAUACUACGAGACCGCCCUACCAGAUAACAAUUAUCAAUGCGACGAGAAGUAUCCUGAAUGUGUCGAGCACCUCCCAAUCGAGGUAGUGCAAGGACUUUUACUAGACGCGAUCUCGAGAGAAGUCGAGCACCUCCCAACCGAGGUUGUGCAAGGACUUUUAGCAGACGCGAUCUCGAAGCAGCAAGAGUAUGCUCCUCAGGAGUCAAGUGAAAUCUCUAGGCACCUUUCGGAAGUCGUCGCAGGGGGACUCUUCGACGACAUGAGUUGCUUUUUACGUCUCGGUGGGUGCGGCUUCUUCCGUCCGUCCAGGGAAUGCUGCAUUAGGCAUCCGGAUUGUUGUGAAGGGAAACUGCCCGCUCCAGCCCCCACCCAGGUCAUGCAAGAGAUCUCAGCAGAUGCGGAACCGACGCAGCUGGGGGAUGCUCUUCAGGAGCGAGGUCCACCACCAAUGCCCAGCCCCGGCUCAUUUACAUGCAUUUAUAUCCUUCAGACGUGUUAUCUAAACAAUGAUAAAUUGACUGGCCCACAUCAGCCGAAAGACCUGCUCCCCAGGGCAUGCUGCAAGGGUUAUCCGAGCUGCUGUCUCCCUGAUGGCCUCCCCCCGGGGUGGCAUGAGAUUGCAGCAGAAGCGGAGCCGAAGCUGCUGGAAGAUGGUCUUCAGGAGCGAAGUGAGCACGAACUGCCGGAACGUGCACUAGAUGACCUUGAGGAGGCACUCAACGACUUGGACACCAUUCCCUCUCAUCUUGCGGGGCAAGAUUGCUCCUACAAAUACCUGAAGUGCAGGCUUGCCGAUGAGGAGGACUGUCUCGAUGAGUACAAGAAGUGUCAAGACGAAUCAUUCGGUGCUGAUGGUGAGGCUGUGGUGCGCAGUGCGACAUUUGCGCAGAGUCUUGAGGAGGACAUGAAUAUGAUCGCGGAUCUUAUGACGAAAGGCGACAGAGCCGCACUGGACACUUGCAUUGAGCUGACAGCGUGGUGUGCGACAAAGGGAACAGACGACCCAGCAUGCUCUACGGUCAUGGCAGCCUGUACCAGAGGCUCAUCUUCGGAUCCGGCAACACCAGCUCUGGCAAAGCGCGAAACGGUCGAGGAUUCUCCAGAACGCAAUGAGACAACGUACACCAAGACAGCCGACCAAAUUGGGCGGACCAAGAUGAAUUUUGUCAUGAACGGCCUUCUCCCGAACACGAAGGAUCUGAAGGAUCCGUUGCUCACACCAGAAGCAACACUCGCUCCUCGAAAACGAUGCGGCUUCUUCAGCUGGGAGAACCUCGUUGGCGGCUGUAAGCAAAAGCAGCGCAGGGGAGAUGCAUCCGACUACGGCAACUACGUGAAAAGCCACUACACCAAGACCCCAUCCAUCGCGCCCCAGCCGACGACAGAUCCAAUCACAAUAGCUCCACGCAGUGGCGGCCGCCCGUGCUGGGACAAGACCUGCUGGGCAAAAGCCGAAAGCACCUCUGAGAUUCCGGACGCAGCCCCUGCGGCGCCGAGUGGGCAACUGCCAGCGCUGGGAGAUCUUUGCUGGUAUACUUAUACUGGAAGCACCUUGAAGGGCCACCACCUCCACAAGACAUACGAGUACCACCUGACCUCUUGGCCAAGACCGUGCGCUGAGACGGCUAUAUCUUCUGCUUUAGAGGAGAUUGGUGCGUGUUGGACUGAAUAUGGCGUGCCGCCUUCGCUACAUCUUGUGCCGUGUGCUCAGGCUAUGGCUACUGAUAUAACGACCUCGGAGACUGCGACUACGGGGAUCUCAGAUACCCUGACUGAUGUUGCAACGACCUCGGAGCCCGUGGCCAACGUUACAACGACCUCGGGGACUACGUGCUGGUCUUCAUAUUCGUACGAUGGAGAGACCAAGUCCAUAGAGGUGCCGUGUUCAACCAGCACGUGCUGGACGACUCAUACGUACAACGGAGUCCCAGCCGACGACCACGCUGGCAACGACCACACUGUCAAGCACUUCACCUCGACUUACCACACCAGGUCCGACUAUGCCUCAUACAUCAUCCCUCGACCGACUACACCGGUCACAACUACAUCGUCAGUACCUUCCUCAUCUACAAUUGCAUCGUCAACGACCACUUCUCCAACGACUACACCUACACCGGGAUCGACUGCACUGUCAACCACGGCGCCGGCAACCACAACUACUAGUGCAGAGAAAUCAGAGCGUCUGUGCUGGGUGACCUUAACUUUCAAGGAUGGUCCUCAAUCAACGCAACGGCCAUGCUCGGCUACAAAUUACUAUCCAGGCGUGAACUCUACGUGCUACUUCACCUUUACUCACGACGGACAGCAGACUUCCAUAGAGACGCCGUGCUCUACCACACCAGCAGCUACGAGUAGUCGCAGUGGAACCGCCACAAGCACCGGCACUACAGGCACUGGUACCACAACAAGCACCGACACGAGCAGCACUCCCGCAUUGGCCAGACGCGAUGAACUUGAGCCGACGGAAAGUCCGUCUAGAACAGUCUCUGAGAGCACACUUUCGGAGGGCGCUUGCUGGACCGCUUACGGCAUUCCCGUCACAACAGUCGAAGUGCCGUGCUCUGCUGCAACCGCAUACAUCGGCACUGCUGUAGCAGCAACCACAACCUCAUCCGCGAUAACUUCAGAACCAGACCUGUCCACGUCGUCCGCCUCGCUGACCUUUGUCCAAGGGGAUUUCGGUACAUCAACGGCUGCCCCCGAGCCAACUUCUUCCACCACCUCCUGCUCAUAUGGGAACUGGGAUGCAGGGUGUACUCUAUGGGUCCAGACCGAAGGCGAUUUAUGCGUGACUUAUAGCAUCGGUUAUCCCGACGUUUUGACGUACAGAUGGCCGCUAGCGUGCAGGACUGCUAAGACUAGCUACACCUCGCCUAACGACAUGGGGCUUGCGGAGGUCGAGCCGCCGAACACGAUGUUGGGUGUGGGUGUGCGUGGUAUACCGACGACAGGCCUGCUGCAGCCGUGCCCUGAUUCUACGAAGGGCUUGUGUGUAGGUGGAACUGCGACCAGAGUGUUCCCAACAGGUGCUUGGAAGACAGUAACGAAGGUGUAUGGGGUCGUGGUCGAAGCGUCCUACACUGCCGCAACAGCAUAUAUUGGGACCGCCGUCACAGCAGAAACAACCUUAAUCUCCUCCGCGACAAGUUCGGUGACGAGGGCGUAUGGCGUCGUGGGGGAGUGGUAG